AUGGAGAUCGAGAUCUGGGAUCGGAGAAGAGAACAAGCAACGCGACUUCUUAGGUUCUGCCAGGGUGGUGACGGCGGCAGAAGCCAUAUAGAUCGUCACCACCACGCUGCUGUCCUCUGUCUUGUCCUUGAUUAUCUCGUGGUAGUGUUUGGAGAGAGCAAAAAGAGUGUGGAAGAGGAACUAAUAGAGGCGAAGGACUCCGACGAUGUUUGGAUUCUCAAACACAGUGCAAGCCUGGAGUUAAAGGCCGUCGACCUCUGCGAGAAAGACGAUGUCUUCAUCAGAGACCAAGCUCGCUUUUAUGCUAUAGAAGUCAUUGUUGUUUUGGAAUACAUGCAUGGUGUAAGAUUAAUCCAUCAAGAUAUCAAGCCGGAGAAUUUGCGAGUCACCUUUGACGGUCAUAUCAAGUUUGCUGAUUUCGACAAUGUGAAGCCAACAAAGGAUAGUCGAAUCCAUGUUCCCCCAAAUGCUGCAAACUAA